AUGCUGCGGCAUACGACGUCCAUAUUUGCCCCUACGUGUCGAACCGUCGUUUGCCGGACUUACAACCACCCGGUAGCGAGUAGGAGAAAGACCGGCAACAGACAAAAGAAGGGCGUUUGCGACAAUGUUCGUGACAUAAUCGGCAUGACCAUCCCCGAGGCGCGGCUGCGUCGCGACCGUAUUUCAGCAGCUUCCUUCGACCGUUGCAUUGAGGAAAAUGCUCGAAAUAUCAUUGGCCUUGGCUCUAAAGAAUCUCCUGGACUCGAGACCCGCUUCGGUGCUCGGUAUGAUCGUAGGGAUGUGCGUUUUGUUGGUCGGGCCGAUGACGUCCGGCGAUUCACCGAGGAGGCGGCGAGGUCAAGCGCCGCCGGACAUUGGCCAAUGGGAGUGACAUUCGUGCGGGGUGAGUUCGGUGCUGCAUCCGGGGGCGAUGGCCAUCGGUUGAGCGCUGAACCAACGAGCCAUGAUUUGGGCCGCGCACCAAUGGAUGUGGCUAGCGAGGGAACUAAUCCAAUGCUGCGGCGUGUGUUGAGGCGGUGCAAAGAAGGGGUUUCCUCGUCACUGGCUGGAGUUCUUGCCGCUGCUGGCCCUGAGAAAGCACCGGCUGAAGGAACCACCUCUGAGAUGAACCCUAGGAAGAACGUGGCACCGUCGACGGCUUCUACACGCCCACAAACGGCAUCAGUAGUGAGUCCUGCGAGGCGGCGUGUCGAGAAGCGCUUACGGCGGCGAUCAGCCGUGUUGUUGAGAGGCGGAGAAUCGUUACACCCAUGUUCCCUGCAGGGCGGAUGCGGCUCACAGGGUGGCUCUUCGAACUGCGCGUUUGUUACACAUCCAUCUACCGCUUGCGUUCAGUGGUUGCGGCUGGGCCGUUGCGAGGAAGCGCGUCUAUGUAGCUGCCCGUGGUGGCACCCUGCGGAGAUGGAGGUACUGAAACCGGAGUUUCUUCACAGUUACUUCUUCGGCAUUGCCGAAGGAGAUGAGAGGGGGCUACGACCCUUGAGGGAAAGCUGUGCUGCGGUGGGGAGGCUCCUACAGAUGUUUCUGGACAUUAUCGUUUCCACGAUAUUCGAAGCAUUGAGGAUGGAGACGACAAAUAACGAGGAGGUGGUGACGGUUGGGCGCGUUGAGGACCUUCUAUCUCGUGCUGGUAAAGGGAAGGGUGGAAACUCCGCCUGCAUUUGUAACCUAAAGGAUGGUUUGCUCUCUGUGGAGCGGGAACUGUGCGUAAGUGCACUAAUGGGUGAUGAUGAGGGGGUAACCUGCACGGAAAGUGCUGACGGCGAGACAUCGGGGCCUCAUUUCGAUGGCGAGUCGACUUCUUUGCUCCGCAACAUGGAACACUACCAUAAGCUGCACGCCGAUGCGGACAAAGAAGUGCGAAACCUCCUUGUUAUAUUUCGCGCGUACUUUACGAUGUGUGAUGAACGUGGGGGAAACAGUGGCCGCGUCAUCGUGAGCGCUUCUCUUACUCAAUGGCUGCUCAGGCACGCUGCGAGUUGUUGCAGUCAGGGAGAAUGUUACUCGGCUGGACUGACCCCAAUCAAGCUGUUUGAGGAGGCUUCAGUUGUAUUAUUGAAGGAUAGACUUCAUAGGUGUGGCAUUGACAUAUGCGGCAGGAGUUGCAAGCAAUCGAGCAUCACACCUUCCGACCGUUCAUCGCCGUUAUUGUUGCUGCAACAUGUCUCUUUAUUGUCGAAUAUUGUAACGUUUGGUGCGAACGCAGAUCAGGCGAUGCUGACCGAGCCGGGGCAACAAUCACUUUUGUAUAGUGUCUUGCUUUGCCUUCAAUCAGGUGGGGUGUCCUGUUGGCUUGGUGACUCUCCGCAGCAGCAGUACGUUAGUUGUUGGUUAUUCAUGCAAUCUUUACUCUCGGUGGCUUCGGUAUGCCUACUGCGGUUGGGCAGUCGAAUCUUCUCGUUUGCACGCCCCGUGCUUGUGGAAGUCGGGCGGCGUUUGGCAAAGGAUAUUGAGGUCCAGUUCGAGGCGAAGUUGCUGCGGGCAUCCGGAUGGGCUCCGUGGACUGAUGCACAGAUGUUCGGUGAACAGCACCGGGCCAUUUACACUGCGUCCGACUACGCCCGGACGCACAUGCCUGUCGUUGCUCGCGCAUUCACAGCAGCAAUGCUCAACAUACUAUUACUGAACACAUUGAGAGCAGCGAACCGCGAGGUGAAUUUGUGUCGCAGUCCCGUUGCUGCCGUUAUUUUCAGCGGGGAAAAGGCUGAGGAAUACAAGGGCUGUGCAGUAAAAGGUGGAUUAGACUCACCUAUGGAGUGUGUUCAGCGCGAGUCGCAAUUACGCGGUGGGCCCAGCGUGCGGCGCAGUAUGCGUCCCUAUGCACAAGAGGCCAUGUCAUUAAUAGCUCUUUUGCAUGAUGAAGGUACCCAAAUGCUUGCUCGACGGCAGGCGCUCAUGGAAGAGUUCUUGUGCAGGCGGAAAGAUUUCGAUGACUGUGGAGCAAACGAGCUCAACAACCCCCAAAACCGAAGAAGAAGCUCCGGGGGCGUUAUCUUGCCAUCAUUCCACGACGAAAAGAUUCAUGUUUUUGAGAAAUUACUUCCACACGGGUCCAUCUCCGUUUGUGGUGACGGUGUCGGAUUGCUUCUUCGCGUGCUACUGGAGGGCGGGUCUGCAUACGGGGCGUUGCGCCUCGCCGCAUCUGCGGUUCACGUAGGAAGAGCGCUAAGGUUUGCGGCGCGCCAGCCCAUGCCACACGUUCAUCUAGGCGAAAAGGUAAAGCACAAACACAUGCGAAACAGUAGAACAGGUCGCAAGUACACUGUUCGUGUCCGUGUCCCUGUUCUUCGUAGCACUGAUCCCGACAUGGAAUGCCGAAUGCACCGAAAGGGACAAAGUGGAGGAGCGCACCCCAUUGCAUUGUAUUUGCGGCUCAACCAGCAAACAGUGGAAGAGAUGGUCCGCCUCGCACUUCGCAUGGGGGGCGCUGGAGAGCGUCUACUGAGCGGCGUAGUUGACGACUGCGUACGGGGUUUACUCCUGGAUUACGGGAAGUCACGCUGUUUACCUGCGGUAAAAGGCUCGGAUGUGCACGAUGAUGGGGCGAUUGCAGGAGAUUUAGGCGCACGCGAGCUGCAGGGAAUCUUGUCCGUUGUAGUGGGUACCAACAGUAAUUCGCAGCUUUUGUCCGUGGCUGAUGAAGCCCAGCAGCGCGCCGUGGAGGGUUACCGUGUCCCUCCAACAGCAUUGUUGGUCGAGCUCCUUGUGGCCCUUACACCUCAAGCGGGGCGCGGGGUGCACGAGCGGUGCACACGUUUAUGCGCAAUGGACCCUCAUCUAGUAAGCGAAAGAACACUCCUGGCGAAGCAGUGCCACACGGCAGGCGAAAGUUUUGCUAGGGCAAAUGACGAUGCUUCCGCGGCAUGGUUGAGUUACCUCAACUCAGGAGUUGCUGUCGAUUCAGGGGCGGUUAGUGUUUCGUUUCUCCGAAAGGAGGCUGAGCGACUACCUGUGGUUGAUAGUGUUGCUGCGUCGUUGAACAGGCCCCCGCUUCCUCGCAACGUAGAGGAGCUAAGAAGACAGCUCACGCAAACGGUUGAUGCCGUCGGUUGUGCUCAGGACAGGCGACAAAACGAGGCAGCGUGGAGUUUGUCACGGGGGUUUGCCGUACGCGUGCAAGACCCAAACUCAAUGCAUGGAGUUUGGUGGGCUGUGAUGUGUGGAGCAAUUCUUGGUGCAAGCGACGACGCGCUGGCCGGCAAACAACGACCAUGGGCACGGUUGCUUCUGCGCAACGCCUUCCACGUGGCCCAACAGUUCGCAGCACCACAGGAUCGCGCCCGCUACGGCCAGGCAACGGUAAGGGCAUUUAUUCUCUCCGGCAUAUUUGAAUUGACAUCGACACCCCGUAGCCCUACCGAUGUUAGUUGUCGAAGGAAACACCUACCGUGGCAGCUCCCUGUAGUUCACGACCUCAACCUCUUUUUAGCUGCCCAGGUGCACCUCGCACAGCGGCUACACAAACUGUAUCCCAACAGUGUGAUCACGAAUGAUUGUGGUAUUAACAAACAACUGCAACUUUUUGGUCAUCUAAAAUUGUCGACAAAACUUGAAGACCACCACAUUGAGGCGACUGCGUGUUGGAGUCUACUUGAACCAUUAACUGAACACAGCGAGUUAGCGAUAACAUGGCUGCAGGAAUCACUGUUUCAUACUCCUCAAGGACUGCUCGCAUGGAUCAUCGCCUGCACUAACAACAAUUGCAACCAAACGGCUUUUGUGAUGGCCGCAUGGGUGACACUUUUAUGCCGCACUGAAAAGGUAGGUGGGACAUUCAAUAAACAUGUCCAACAACAUCUACGGUCCAAAUGCACAAAAAAACAAGUGGAACAACUUCUGUUGCUUGAUCACUGCAAUUAA